AUGCGUGCCUCGUACGUGGCAGCGACCGCGGGGGCGGCAUUUGCCAGCAUUGCCGUCGCAUGGAGGCCGACCACAGACGCAGACAACGACAAAGUGACCGUGUCAAAAGCAUGUCCAUUCGAAGGUCUGUGCUAUGAGCUCAACAUUCCCAACAUCACGGCGACCACUGGACGCGGAGACAUCUUCUUUCAGGUCCGCGCAAAGUCAGACUACCAAUGGGUUGGCCUGGGCCAGGGGUCCGGGAUGACCAACGCCAACAUCUUCGUGUUUUACCAGGCUCAGAACGGAAAGGACGUUACAGUUUCACCACGCAUAGGUGUAGGUCAUGAGGAACCGCUUUGGGACUCGAGGGCAGACAUUGAGCUUCUGGACGGUUCUGGGAUCAAGGACGGCUGGAUGACCGCGAAUGUGCGUUGCGGUGAUUGCGAUAGUUGGGCCAGCGGUACUAUGGACUUCACUAAAGACCGUGCCGACUGGAUCUACGCGGUCAAAAAGGGCGAGCCGCUGAACUCGAAUGACGUUGAGGUGACCAUCAGCAAGCACGACCGCGCUACGCCAUUCACGUGGCCGUUGAAGAGGGCCAAAGGAGGCGACUCCUCGAAUCCGUUCCUUGACGCCGACAGCAACGUAUCGGAUGAUUCCAGCUCCGGCGCUGAAUCGAUUUCGACAGAAUCGAGCGCACAGGUCAGCGAGCAACUUGUCAACAUACAUGGCGGGCUUGCCACUCUGAGUUUCGUCAUCCUCUUCCCCAUCGGCGGCAUCCUCAUCCGUCUCGCAAAUUUCAGAGGUGGCCUGUGGAUACAUGUUGGGUUGCAGAUCGUCGCAUGGAUCGCAGCUAUCGGCGCGAUAGCCACCGGGGCGCGCAUUGCCAACGCUAUGGAUCUCUUCAUGCACGCGCAUCCUAUCAUUGGAGCGGUUCUUGCACUUCUCUUGAUCGGCCAGCCUGUCUACGGUUGGAUCCACCACAAGAAGUUCAAGCAGAUCGGACAACGGACCAAGUGGUCGUACGCUCAUCUUACCAUCGGCCGCGUCGCUGUGUUCGGCGGCAUGAUCAACGGUGGGCUUGGAAUAAUGCUCGCGGGCGAUACAGAGCAGACCAAGAAGAUCGCCUACGCCGUGAUCGCUUCGGUGCUGGCAGUCCUCUACAUUGCUGCCAUUGUCUGGGGCGAGAGGCGACGGAAGAGGACCAAAAUGACACCAACAGGCUUCCGGACCGAUAGCAACGGUAAUUCGACCACACUGUUCAACAAUGAGCAAGGUGACCCGCACGGGGGUCAUGAGAUGCGCCGGCUUUGGCUAUCCGACAAAAGGCGUGGUCACCAGCGGUCCAGCACCGAAUACGCACCACUGGCGGCUGGAGAGGGCUAUGGAGAGGAAUCGCACUCUCGUUCACACAGCCGAGCGCCUUCAGUGUCGCCGAGCGGGAGGUAUUCGGAUGGUGGACAGGGUUAUAUGGAUGCGCAGGCCAGAGCGUCGAUGACAUGA